AUGGACUAAAAACUGAAACAAAAAUCAACAAAAGCAAAAGGCAACGUGAAAUUAUAAAAACUAUUAAAUGCCGACAGUGUUUCAAAUACAAAUAUAGAGCCAUAUUCGCUUACAAUUUGAAUAAAAGUACGAAAACCCUUCCCUGGGGCGGAAAGUGAUUGGAAAGAAGAAGUAGCAUCCACCCACAUACCUGGAGAGGCUUAAUCAUGGACAUCUCGAAGGCACCAAAUCCGCGAAAACUGGAGCUGUGUCGCAAAUAUUUCUUUGCUGGCUUUGCAUUUCUGCCCUUUGUGUGGGCCAUCAACGUUUGCUGGUUUUUCACAGAGGCCUUCUAUAAGCCACCAUUUUCGGAACAGAGCCAAAUAAAGAGAUAUGUUAUAUACUCUGCAGUGGGAACCUUGUUCUGGCUGAUAGUACUGACUGCUUGGAUAAUAAUCUUCCAGACAAACCGCACAGCUUGGGGUGCCACAGCGGACUAUAUGAGCUUCAUCAUACCCCUGGGCAGUGCAUAAACAUGACUAGAUUAAUUCGCUACUAACUUAUGAUAUUAAAAAAGACUUAUUCCCAUCAAAAAAA